AUGAAACAUGGGUCGAAAGCGCAAACAGUACCUGACGUCGAUAAUGCUGUGUGUGCUGCAAAACCAGACAGAGAGAAAGAACCGAAUUCGUAUGAGGCAGUCACCACACAUAUGAUACUUGGAAAAUGCGGUGCUGAUGAUCCUCUUUUGCCAAGUAUGCGUGAUGGAAAAAGCGCAAAACGUUUUCCCAAACAGGUGCACAAAAGCACGUUGUUGGAAGCUGAUACGUAUCCAAAGUGUGGGGUACGGAAUCGCACAACGGCUGAGAUUAAUGGAAGUGUGUACAGUGAUGAGUGGGUCGUACCGACCAAUUUGCACCUUCUCACGAAGUUUGUGUCAUGUGUACGCUACUGA